GCCCAUCCAAACAUAAGUCUCGCGGUUGGGCUGUCAGGCUACGGAAGACAGCUCAACACUCUGCCUCUGCUCCGAGAUUAGCCUAAACUCAGCCAACAAGCACCAUUCACUCCAGAUUAUCAUAAAGUGAAAUCUACUACCCUCGCGUCAUUGCUUUGCUUUGGCACAGCGGACCAAAAUGCACGCGUAUUAUUACUCUGACAGUUUAGUGAAGAGGGAGCCCGAAGAAGCAGCGCUGUAGUUUCUUUGCAAAAGGCGAGGAAUGAAAUCUGAGCAUCGAUGUUUCACUGGGGCAAGUGGAAGAAGAGGAUGGGCGCCAAUAGUUCUUCUAAGAGACCAGUUUUCGACGAGAAAGAAGAUGUGAACUUUGACCAUUUCCAGAUUCUGCGGGCCAUUGGGAAGGGCAGCUUUGGGAAGGUUUGUAUUGUCCAGAAGAGGGACACAGAGAAAAUGUACGCCAUGAAGUACAUGAACAAGCAGCAGUGCAUCGAGAGAGACGAGGUCCGAAACGUCUUCAGAGAACUGGAGAUCCUUCAAGAGAUCGAACACGUUUUCUUAGUCAACCUCUGGUACUCGUUCCAGGAUGAGGAGGACAUGUUCAUGGUGGUGGACCUGCUUCUGGGGGGAGACCUGAGGUACCACCUACAGCAGAACGUCCAGUUUGGAGAAGAGGCUGUUAAACUGUACCUGUGUGAGAUGACUCUAGCACUGGACUACCUGCAGAGCCAGCACAUCAUACACAGAGACGUCAAACCAGACAACAUCCUACUGGAUGAACAGGGUCACGCUCACCUGACAGACUUCAACAUCGCUACAAUAAUAAAGGACGGAGAGAGAGCCACGGCGCUGGCAGGGACGAAGCCCUACAUGGCCCCUGAGAUCUUUCAGUCCUUCGUGAGCGGAGGGACCGGCUACGCGUUUGAGGUGGACUGGUGGUCACUCGGGGUAACCGUGUUCGAGGUGCUGCGUGGAUGGAGGCCAUACGACAUUCACGCCAGUAAUUCAGUGGAGUCUCUGCUGCAGCUCUUCAGCACCAUCAGUGUCCAGUACAGCCCCGCCUGGCCCAAGGACCUCGUGUCCCUCAUGAGGAAGCUGCUGACAGUUAACCCUGAGCACCGCUUCACCAGCCUGUCAGACAUGCAGACCUCCUCCUACCUCGCCGACGUCAACUGGGACGCCGUCUACGAGAAGAAGAUGGAACCCGGGUUUGUACCUAAUAAGGGACGUCUGCACUGCGACCCCACGUUCGAGUUGGAGGAGAUGAUCCUGGAGUCUCGACCGCUUCACAAGAAAAAGAAAAGGCUGGCCAAAAACCGCUCCCGUGACAACAGCAAGGAUUCGCAGUCUGAGAAUGACUAUCUACAAGAGUGCCUUGAAGUGGUCCAGCAAGAGUUUAUGAUCUUCAACCGAGAAAAACUAAAAAGGCGCCAGGAGGAGGGUCCCUCUGAGGCGGGCGGUGACAGCGGAGACGGAGAACCAGAGGUGGGAGCUACAGACGAAGACCCCCAAGACCCAGAACCAGACCAGGACCCGGACCAGGACCCCGGACCCGAGACCUCGUCCAAACUGAGCAUGUGCGGCUCGGUUUGCUCCUCCCCUGGCAGCUGCUAGCACCUCCUCCCGUUGCCAUGGAGACCGGCUGCAUUUGUGCCAUGUCUUUGAUAAAAACCUCAGUCCAACUCUAGUUUUUGGAGAACCAGGAGUCUACACUUACACACAGCUGCUCCUGUGCUUAUAGUAGAUUCAACUUUUCAACAUGGUAUAAGUUAAUAGUUUUUAAAUCUUUAAAUAUGUUUGUAUGUGGUGAUUGUUGGAUGAAAUUUUAAAACGUUGGCAUCAAACAUCACAAGACGUUCCGGGUCCACAAUGACACAUUUUUUUAAUAGUUAGAAUCAAACUCAAAUUAUGUUUCAUGCCAGCGACAACCAGGCUGUUCGGUUUCGGGAAAGUAAAAUCAGUGGAAUCUCAUUUAUUAGAUUAAAUGUUCCAACCUUUUGCCCUAUUUUAGUCCAGGUUUAGUUCUGUGUCCAAAUUUUUAUCUGUAGCGUUUGAUUAAAUGGGAAAGCAGCCAAGAUUUUCCACAUCAAAAUUAAGAAGACUUAUUUGUAUCACAUGUUUCACAGAUAAAACCACCAAAUGCUUCACAAAUUAAACAACAAGAUUAAAAAUAAAUGAAUAAAAACACCAAACUAAAGUGUUAAAGUAACUGAAGCUCAAUACAAACUUAAAACUACUUGCGGGAAUUGGUGUAAGGACUGUGCUGUUAAGCAUUUACCAGCUGGUUCAGAUAUUUGUACUUUAUAAAAAACACAAAAUGGAGCACAAUAGGUCUUCUUUAAACGUUAAUAUUUCACUGCUGCUGCUUUUUUUAUUAUGUCCAUCUCUCCACACUCGGUUUUCUCUAUCCACUCUGAACAGGCACCACAUACAAACUUACUUAAAAACUAUUUGUUUAGUUUCCUUGUAGCAUUUAUUGAUACGACAUGAGUGAAUCGUUCUUAAACUUCCCCUUCUCCUCCUCUUCAUUAUUCACUAUAAGCUCUUUCUUCUAUGCAAUGUAACAGGAUCGCAUGACAAAUAUAAGACUAUGGAAAAUCAGAAGGAGGCUGCAGUGCACGGACUAAAUGAUGACACUGGGAGCAAUAGCUUGUCUUUGGGAUGUUUUUUGGGAUGUUUUGGAGGGAUGCAUCGUCCUCUCAGCCUUCCCGCUCCCUCCAAACCUAAUGGGGACACCUGAAUUAUUCACGGAGCGACAGAGGAGUAGUUGUUACGUCAUUCUUCCCUUUGACGUGUUUUCUUCUAAUCCAAAUCAUCGCUUUGUCGUAUGGAGAUUGUUGUGGCUGCUAGAUUUAAAGCCUGACAUGAAGGUUAUUGUGGUACUUAUGCGUUCUGUCUUAUAGUAAAUGGCAAUCUGAAGUUUCACCACUAGUUGGCGCCAAAAGCAUAGAGUAACAAAGUGGUAGAGGGGUUAGCAAGUGUGUGAGUGGAAAGAUGAAUCUGAUCCAUCUCAGACACCGGGGCAGUAUUUUUGAGGGACUAAUAACUCUCUUUACUUCUGUUUUAGUUAUUAUGUUGCCAACUCAUUACAAAUACAAUACAAUAAUGAGACAAUCUGAGCUAUGUAAGUUAAUCAACACUAAACACUACAUCAGCUUUUUUUUUGUACUACUUAAUAUUCUAUACUGUGGUGUAUUAUAGUAUUGUCUACUCCUUUUUUGGCAAUUUUAGUGUAAGUUACGUAAAAUUUGCAGGUUUCUGGUCAUAAACAGUCAAAACUGAGCGUGUGCUGCCUUCAGUGGCCACGGCAAUCUCAGGUACUAUGUGACAUCACACAUGACUGAUUGUAAUUACAAACAUCUGGCUGCAGGGGCGGAGUUUGAAGUGUGGAUACCUGUUAGACCAAUUACAGUGUUUCUUAUACCCCCAGAUCUCGCUCCUACUCCCACUCACUCUCUUCUUUAGUCCUCCAGAUACUGUCCAGUUUAGCAGCUCUAUUUGGAAGGAAUUUAGGUGUUUAGUCCCACCUUAAGUGUUCAAAUUUUCAAUUCAGAUUUUGCAUAACGCCUUAUGUGUGAAAAAGUGAGGAAAAAUGUACUUUUUUCUGAACUAGUGUAAAGUAUUUUAAUGAUAACAAACCUAUUACAUAACUAGUUACUGUAAUAAGACCCUCUUAUGUGGUAUAUGUUUUGGUUGCCAUUUACCAUAGACACAACAAUGAUGAGUUAAAAAAAUCUUUAAGAUGUGCCUGACAAUUAUUAGUGUUAUCCGAGUCUGUAAACUGCCUUGUUUACGUAUAUACUUGUUUUUGUGUUCCAAAUAAUGUAUUAUAUAAAUGUACAGUGUUCUUAACUGUUCUUAACAUACAACUGUCUUUUGGGUUCAACAAGGUACUAUAAUGUAUGGGAAAAAACUCCAGAUUUCACAGUCAAAGAUAGGUUAAAAUGGCUGCCAAUUUAAUGUACGGGGCCAAUGCCAUUCCACAAACAUGUUACAAAUAAUUAGAGAUGUUGUUUCAGUAUUUUUGACCAUCUUGAAUCACCUACUCCAUCUUAAGUUUUUCUGGGGCUGUAUUUGUAGCUGUUGGUACUAUUACUGUCAUAGUGAUAGCAGUACAUUUUAAGGGCCUAUAUUACGCUGUUUUCUGAUCUAUGUUGUAAUGUUGCUUCCUCAUAAAAAACAUACCUGGAAUUGUGUUUCGUUUCAUUCACACAUGUUUAACAUAUUAAAAGUUCUUCUCUCAAACAUAAAACACUCUGUUCCACCUUGUGAUGUCAUGUAGUAAUACAGAAAGAGCUCCACUGUGUUUUUAAACUCCAGACACCUUCACUAAAAUCAUUUGGAUAAUUUCAGCCCUGAAAUUGCCCUACCGUACUGAACAAAAGGCAAAAUGUAGCUGUUAAAUUGAAAACUACUGCUUCAUGACAUCACAAAGUGGAACAGAGCAUUUUGAGCUUUGGAGAUGUAACAGACUAAUAAUAAAAGUUUACUCAAACAUGUGUGAAUGAAACACAACACAACUUUAUAAAAUGGCUAAAAACUCACAAGUCAGUUUUGCGUAAUAUAGGACCUUUAAGGUGGUAUUAUGAAUCUCGGUCAGACCUGGAAACAUGUAGCAGAGUCCACCUUAAACCCUUUGGCCUGGACAAUAAUUAACCAUGUAAAUAGCGUAAACAGCAGUAGUUACACUCACAGUUUUAUGUGGGAGACAGUGGAAGAGCUCCUAUCCAAGUGUGCAGGCACAACUUGUCGGCAGAACAUGCCAAAGCUUUUCUACCAUUUGCAUUUAAACCAUUUCUAAGGAAUAUGAGUGAAUGAAUGUGUGUUUACUGUGUUCAGUUCUCCUAAUGCGAGACCCUUCAUUUAUACAAGCAGAAUAUUAUAUGUACAGAGAUGUAUUUCAGAUUAGAUUUACUAUUACAGGAGUCAAAGAUCAGCCAACUUAACCGCUUGGUCUCACAGAGGGAAAUGUGAAAAUAAAAGAUCAUUUGAAAAUUUGCCAGAGGAUUUCAAAUUUAGAACGACAUUUUUAUUUACAACUUUGGCAUUACUCCCAUAGUGUCAUUAUCCAUUCACUCCACAUCUGGUAAUGGCACAGUACUUCAGUAGCCACAGCUGCCCUGGGGUAGACUGACAGAAUCACGGCUGCCAUUCUGUUAGCAUUUCUAAACAGUACCAAUCACUCAAGUAUACACCACAUUCAUAUACAUGUAUAAGCAAUGUGGAUGAAGUGUCUUGCUAAAGGACACAACAUCCAUGUGCAUUUAUGGGAUCUAUGGGUUCUGACUUGUCUCACUAAUAACCAUCAGCAUUGGGAAGAAUAAUUUGAAAAUGUAUUUAGUUACAUAAUACGAAUGAAUACCUGUGUUGUAUUCAUGUACAUGGAGAAUAUAUUUGGUUACAUGGUAUCAGAGUCCAAACAGAGUACUGCAUUCUGAAUAAUUACAAAUAUUCAUUAAGUUGCAUUCAAUUAAUGUGUAAAAACCCAUAGAUUUAAAACUGCUUUAUGUUUGUUCACCUUACUAAUACUUUGCUGUUUGAACUGAAAAUUGCAAGUACCAGCAUGUAUUUGGAGCACAGUUUUACUCAAAAUCAAUAUUCUGUAUUUUCGUGCCUGUAUUUAGUUACUUCCCAACUCUGACAACCACAAACUACACAUAAUGUCAUAUUUUUAGAGGCGAAUAUUCCAACAGACAAAAAACAAAACCUCCCAAAAUGCUCCAGGCCAAAAGAGGAUAGUGUUCAGCAGAAAUACAAGUUACGUCCAGCGUGUUUUAUCCUCUCAUUUCCCUCUGAGACUGCAGCCUUAAACGCUGAGCUGUACUUUAACAUUACGCAGUAUAUUCAAAUUAGUUUUAGUCAUUUGUUUCUAUGAAUAUAAAAUGGCAUCCUCUGAAAUGCCCCAGUAUUAUGCUUCUCGUGCAUGACCAGAGCUCACUCAUUUGUGCAUGGAGUUUUACUAUAGACAAACCUAUGGUCCGAAAGAGUAACCCAGGCCUUAUCUGGAGGUGAAUAUAGUACGUGACACUUGUACAUGGUGUAAUCCAGUGUUAUUCGGAGGCAUGAUUCUUAGACAAUAUCCAGUGCAUUCUGUGGUCAGAGCUUGUGUCUUCUGAUGGGUUUAAAUGUUUUGUAUCUGUGCAGUGAAGGAAAGAGCCAGCUUUUCAUCGAAACCAACACAACUCACUGCUGAACUUAAAAUUACAGGUACUUUUUGCGCAUUUUAUCACAUCUGAAGUGUACUCAAGUUGUGAUAUAGCAACAUUAGCAAACUGGUCUGUCACAUGGUGUUAUAUUUAGUUGACAAAUGAGGUCAUGCAUCCAGUUCUCUAAAGAUAAACUUUUCUUAUUCGCCAUUUUUCUGAUUUGAAUGUGUUUGUGAUGGAUGUGAUGGAAAAUUAGCACACUUGCCAUAACAAUAAACAAAUUAAAACAAAAUAUUACAUCUUUUGAACAGAGAAAAGUAGUCAAGAUAGUGGCUUAACAGGAAACCAGGAUCGUAGCACCAAAUUCUUGGGGUGCUGGGUCCAAAUCAUCUUGGUGAACCUGCAUUUUAUGUUGUUUGAUGAAAAAAUGCACAUUACAGACAUUGUGACCUUGUGUCCCUGCACUGGGCCUUGGGUAAACAGUACCCUUUACCCCCCAGUCCUACAGGAAACUGAAACCGAUGAAUAGGCAAGAAACCUGAAAAAAAAGCUGCAAUAAGAAUCUACAUAAUUUUUUACUUAUACUUUCAAAUAUUAAGUACAGUUAUUAUACAAAGUUACACAUAAAACAUCCAAGUAUUACCACGUUUUACUUCUUUAUGACAUUUUACUGAAAAAAUAUUGCUUAAAAUGGUGUUGAGAGUGUGUAGAGACAUUCGACAAACUGCCAAACAGGACUCAGAUUUAACUCCCAACUUUGAGGUGGCUGAGUUACGAUACAUAUGCUCUGUAACCCUACCACUGAGCCACUUCAAAACAACAUUUUAUUUAGGUCUCAAAUGUGACCAGUGACCAGUUGUUGUUGUUGUUCUAUCACAUCUUGGUGACAGUGAAUGGUGUUGAACUGAACGUGUAUUAUAUGUCACUCAUUAAUAAUCGUUGUUAAUCUGAUUCUCACCACGACUUUGUGCAAAAACAUUUCUAUUCGGAUAAACGGUCUCUCAUUGGACGAUGUUAAGGACGCUCCUGCCUUGUUUCUCUGUUACCUGAAUACGUUUGGUGUUUAUGGACAAUCUAAAGAAGACAUUUGUGCUUGUGUUGAACCAGCAUCAGUCGCAUGUGUCCUCUCUACGGGACGUCCCACACACCUCAUGUUCGGGUCUGUGACAAAGACUUCGUCCGUUGUCAUAUAUAUUUUGCCUAAUGUUUUGUGCCGUUUAUGAACUGAAACUGGACUGGUAAUGCUCUGUGUAAAAUGGACAUGCUGCUUCAACUGCUUUGAUAAAGAAAUAAAAGCCCUUACAGAAAUGAUGUGGUUUUAAUGCUUGU